AUGGACACAAAAUCUACAACUCAAAUAUCAACAGGAGAGAUAUCUGAAACAGCAAACCUGAUAACAACAUCUGCACAUAAUCCUUCAACAGACUUAACAUCCUCUUCUACAGCAACACUGAUGUUAACGUAUGCUACCUCAAAAGAACCAAUAUCUACUGCAACAACACCAAUAUCAUCUACGCAUGACUCUUAUACAGAUCUAACAUCUACUUCAACAGCAACACUGACUUUAACAUCUAUACAUGUUCCGUCAACAGACUCAAUAUCUACUUCUACUUCUACAGUAGCAGUGAUAUCAACAGAUUUUUCCUCAGCUGAACCAAAAUCCACUGCUACAGCAACACCAAUUUCAACAUAUGCUUCUUCAAUAGAAACAAUAUCUACUUCUACAGCAACACCGAUUUCAGCAUCUGCACAUGUUUUUUCAACAGACUCAAUAUCUACUUCUACAGGAGCAGUGAUAUCAACAGAUUUGUCUUCAGCUGAACCAACGUCCACUGCUACAGCAACACCAAUUUCUACAGAUGCUUUUUCAAUAGAACCAACACCUGCCUCUACAACAACACCAAUAUCAACAUUUGUUUCAUCAAUGGACUUAACAUCUACUGCUAAAACAACACCACAUGUUCCUUCAACAGAUUCAACAUCUACUUCAACACCAAUAUUGAUACCAACAGUUUUUUCUUCAGCAGAACCAACAUCCACUGCUACAGCAACACCAAUUUCAACAUAUGCUUCUUCAAUAGAAACAAUAUCUACUUCUACAGCAACACCGAUUUCAGCAUCUACACAUGUUUUUUCAACAGACUCAAUAUCUACUUCUACAGGAGCAGUGAUAUCAACAGAGUUUUCUUCAGUUGAACCAACGUCCACUGCUACAGCAACACCAAUUUCUACAGAUGUUUCUUCAAUAGAACCAAUACCUGCUUCUAUAACAACACCAAUAUCAACAUUGGUUUCCUCAAUGAACUUAACAUCUACUGCUAAAAUAUCACCAAUAUCAACAUCUGUUUCUUCAAUAGAACCUGUAUAUAUUUUUACUGUAACACCAAUUUUAACUUCUACACCUGUACCCAUCAUGGACACAAAAUCUACAACUCAAAUAUCAACAGGAGAGAUAUCUGAAACUGCAAACCUGAUAACAACAUCUGCACAUAAUCCUUCAACAGACUUAACAUCCUCUUCUACAGCAACACUGAUGUUAACGUAUGCUACCUCAAAAGAACCAAUAUCUACUGCAACAACACCAAUAUCAUCUACGCAUGACUCUUAUACAGAUCUAACAUCUACUUCAACAGCAACACUGACUUUAACAUCUACACAUGUUCCUUCAACAGACUCAAUAUCUACUUCUACUUCUACAGUAGCAGUGAUAUCAACAGAUUUUUCUUCAGCUGAACCAACAUCCACUGCUACAGCACCACCAAUUUCAACAUAUGCUUCUUCAAUAGAACCAAUAUCUACUUCUACAGCUACACCGAUUCCAGCAUCUACACAUGUUUUUUCAACAGACUCAAUAUCUACUUCUACAGGAGCAGUGAUAUCAACAGAUUUUUCUUCAGCUGAACCAACAUCCACUGCUACAGUAACACCAAUUUCAACAUAUGUUUCUUCAAUAGAACCAAUAUCUACUUUUACAGCAACACCAGUAUUAACAUCUACACAUGUUCCUUCAACAGACUCACCAUCUUUAACACCAAUAUCAGCAACAUCGGAAACAUCAGAAACACCUAAACAAAGCAUAUUACCAUCAGCAGAAUCUUCUUUAGCAACACCAAUAUUAUCUUCAACACAUGUUUCUUCAACAGACUCAACAUCUACUUCUACAAAAAAUCAAAUGUCAUCUUUUAUUUCUUCAACUGAACCAACCUCCAAUUCUACAGCAACACCUAUAGCAACUACUAUGCUUGUUUAUUCAACAGAUUUUACAUCUGCUUCUAAAACAACACCAAUAUCAACUAUUUCUACUGUAACUCCAAUUUUAUCUUCUACACCUGUAUCUAUCAUGGACUCAAAAUCUACAACUCAAAUAUCAACAGCAGAGAUAUCUGAAACAAAAAAAACGGUACCAACAUCUGCACAUGAUCCUUCAACAGACUUAACAUCCUCUUCUACAGCAACACUGAUAUUAACAGAUUUUACUGUAACACCAACUUCUACACCUGUACCCAUCAUGGACUCAAAAUCUACAACUCAGGUAUUAACAGGAGAGAUAUCUGAAACAACAAAACUGAUAAAAACAUCUGCACAUGAUGCAUCAGCAGACUUAAUAUCUUCUUCAACGACAACACGGAUAUUAACAUAUGUUUCUUCAAACAAACCAACAUCUACUGCAGCAGCAACACCAAAAUCAUCUACACAUGACUCCUAUACAGAUUUAACAUCUACUGCAACAGCAACACCUUUAUUAACAUCUACACAUGUACCUUCAACAGGCUCAAUAUCUUCUUCUACUUCUACUGCAGCAAUGAUAUCAACAUAUUUUUCUUCAACGGAGCCAACAUCCACUGCUACAGCAACACCAAAAUCAACAAGUAUGUAUUUAACAGAUGCAAUAUCUACUUACGCAACAACACCAAUAUUAUCUACACAUGUUUCUUCAAUAGAUUUAACAUCUAGUUCUACAGCAACACCAAUAUUAACAUCUACACAUGCUUCUUCAACAGAUUUAACAUCUACUGCUACAGCAUCUUCGAUAUUAAUAUCUACACAUGUUUCUUCAACAGACUCAACAUCAUCCUCUAUAUUAACACCGAUAUCAACAUAUGUUUCAGUAGAACCAACAUUUACUUCUGCAACAACACCAAUCUCAUCUACACAUGUGCCUUAUACAGAUUUAACGUCUAAUUCUACGACAAUACCGUUAUUAACAUCUACACAUGUUCCAACAACAGUCUCAGCAUCUACUUCAACAGCCACAUUGAUAGCAACAGAUUUUUCUUCAACAGAAGCCACAUUCACUUCUACAUCAACACCAAUUUCAACAUAUGUUUCUUCAAUAGAACCAAUGUCUACUUCUGCAGCAACACUGAUUUCAGCUUCUACACAUGUUUCUUCAAUGGACUCAACAUCUAUAGUAUCAAUAUCAGCAACCUCAGAGACAUCAGAAAAUCCUACUCAAAGCAUAUUAUCAUCUGCAGACUCUGUUUUAGCAACACAGAUAUUAACGUCAACACAUGUUUCUUCAGUGGACACAGCAUCUCCUUCUACAACACAUAUAUCAACAUAUACGCAUGUUUCUUCAAACGACUCACAAUCUACUUUAACAACAACAUUAACAUCACCAUAUGUUUCUUCAAUGGAAUCAGCAUCACCCUCAUCAUCAACAGAACCGACAUCUACUUCCACAGCAACAUUGAUAUCAACACAUGUUUCUUCAAUGAAACCAUCAUCUACUUCUUCAGCAACACCAAUGGCAUCUACACAUGUUUCUUCAACAAAUUUAACAUCUACGUAUACAUCAACACCAACAUUAACAUCUACAUUUUCUUCAGUAGAGUCAACAUCUAAUUUUACAACAACAUCGAUAGCAGCAUCUGCUUCUACAGCAACACUGAUAUCAAAGUAUGUUUCUUCGAUGGAAUCAACAUCUACCUCUACAGCAACACCAAUAGCUUCUACACAUGUUUCAGAUUUAACAUCUAACUCUACAGAAACACCAAUUUUAACGUCUGCACAUGUUUCAUCAACAGACUCAACAUCUAGUUCUUUUGCAUCAAUUAUGUCAACAUAUGUUUCUUCAAAGGACCCACAACAUACUUCUACAACAACACCGAUUUUACCAUCUAUACUUGUUUCUUCAAUGGUCUCAACAUCUACAACACCAGCAACAACAGUAGGGGCAUCAGAAACAUUAUCCUCUGCAGAAUCCGCCACAGCAACAUCAAUAUCAACUUUUACACAUGUUUCUUCAAUGAACUCAACAUCUGCUUCUACAAAAACACUGAUAUCCACAAGAGAGACAUCAGAAACAUCUAAACAAAGCAUGUCAUCAUCACAUACUGUAAAUAUAGCAAAACCUACUGAAACAUUAGUGGCAGCAGCUACAGAAUUUGCAACAAUGACUUUAGGAAAUUACACAAAAAAAUCUUUAGAACAUGAACAAAGAAUUCCCACGGAACCGAGCAUGAAAAACUUGACUGAACAUACAACAACAUUAAUCGCAAAAGGGGUUGAUUUUGGAAGAAUGGAAGCUCAACAGAGGGAAAUCCUCACCAAAUACAUAAAUGUGACAACACCAUCUUCAUGGAUGUCUACAAGUGGAAAAUCAAAAGAAAGAUCAUCAAUAGAGAGCGUUACAGAGGGUAAAACCUCACCAGCAACCAAAGCUGUUGCACUGGUUACCACAGGAAUUGCUACAGAAAGCUCAACUACAUCAAUAGAUUCUGCAACCACAGACAAAGCUCCCAAGGCUGUUAUUUCAUUUUUGGGCACUACAACUCCAAUACCAUUAGGAAACUAUACAAAAGCUGCAUCAACAGUUCUAUAUUCCACCAUCCAAGGAACCACUACAAAAAUAGCUGCUGAAAUCACAUCUCAGGGUACAAAAUCAAUUGACAGCAAAACUACAGCUCUUACAUCCAAGGAAACAACUACAGCAAAUUCCAUAGAUGCUUCAACCAUGCCAAGUUCAGGGACAUCUUCAAUAGCAAAACCAUGGACAUCUGUUGUAAGAAGAACCGAAGAUACAGUAAAAUCAAAAGAAGAAACAACAUUAUCUACAAUGGUAACAAUUAAAGAGGAGCCACAAACAUCUAUAGAUUCUGCAACAACCCAAACCGUCACAGAAAAUUUCAAAACACAAAAUACACAAAGUACAAAACUUACAACAGACACCCAUGUUAAGAAUAUAUCAACCUCGGCAAGUACUGUGUCAACAGAUGUAACAAAGGUCACUGUAGUCACCUCUGUAGAAGAGUCAACAAUUUUAUCAACAGCUGCUACAUCUGAUACAAAAAUGACUAUAACAGCAGUCAGUGAUGUUGUAACUACAUCCUAUUUAGGACCAACUGUAGGUAGCACAGCUGAGACUAAACUAACAGCCACAGAUUUCACAACUAAAAAUGAUUCCUCUUCUGUAAGUAGUUCUUUAGACCCCAAUACACUGCCAGCAGCCAUGACAUCUGAAGUUUCUUCCUUAUGGUCUACAGUGGCAGAAGAGGCUGGAAAAAUGAAGGAAACUGUGAUUUCAACAUCUACAGAUACUGCAACAAUUUCAGCAGGUAGAAGUCUAGGUAGUACAUCUUCACAUUUAUUUAUGACUAAAAUUACUACACCACCACUUCAGGUCACAACACCAGGAACGCAAGCAGAAGCUGGACUAACGUCAGCCCCCACCUCUGAAAAUUAUACUGUUGCAGCAACAGUACAAACUUUUAUGACAUCAACACAAGAAAGUGCGAAAGAGUCAGAGAGCACACCAGCUACAGAAAAAACACUCACAAGUUCUGGAACUUCAGCUUUGCUGCCAUCAACAAAAGGUGCAACUGAACCAAUUUCACAACAAAAAGAGUUUAGUCCUACAAUGACCACAAACCCAUUCAAAGACACAACAGAGAAACAAGUAGAGACUACUGUAAAAACCAUCAUAAUACAUUCAACAGAGGUUUCAACUGGACCAACAAGUAUGAUUCCAACCAGUAGGGAUAUUAGUAAGGCAACAGGCACAAUGGUUGUAGAUUUGCCAACAGAAUAUAAAGGAACAUCAACUUUAUCAACCUCAUUUACAACAGUCCAAGCUUUAGCAACCACCACUGAUCUUACAACACCAGUAAAUACUGUGACAAAACAGGAUAGUACAAUAAGUGCAGAUGUACAGACAAAUGCACCCUUUACUGACAAACCUUUCAGAGUUACAAGUCCACCUGCAACCAAAGAGCUUAUUGGGGCUUCAACCUCUACAACAAUGGAAACAUUUUCAGGGAUUAUUGGAACAUCUAACGGUACGUUAACAGUUACGGAAGAAACUACAAAUGUUACUGUUGGCUCUCAAUUAGCUAAAACAAUAUCUAUAAAAGCAACACAAGAAACAACUCCUAAAAAUCAAACAACUCAAGAAGGAAUGAGCAGAGCAAAAGAAUUUACAACGCUAUCUGAACCUAGUCAGAGGACAUCAGAAACAACGAUAUUUACCAAUUCAAAACCAGCUAAUGAAGUAGUGACUCCAAGUAAAGAAGGUUCCAUAACACAAGGUACAACAGAAAAGAUAACAACUCCCAUUAAAGCAACAUUUAGUUCACAUAAAGAAGUUACAAAUUCACCAGCUACAGGAGAGUACAAAAAGCCUACAACAAUAAAGAGUACAACAGCAGAUGUAAGCUCUACUACAGUGAUAAAAAAAAUAGGUAUGACUGUGAGAGAUGAAGUUUUAGCAUCACCUGCAUCACAUUUAGGAUCAGCAAAAGAAAAACUGACAAAUAUUACAAAAAGCACGGCUGUACCUGGAACAACAACCAAAGAAUCCAUCAAAGACAUAACAAAAGAAAUAACAGGAAUGACAAUUGCUGAAAGUGUAAAAAUUACAACAGUCGAAAAGGGAGUUGCCACAAUGGAACACACAACUACCACUGGAGCCCAAUCAUCUAAAAUUACACCUUUGAUUGAGGCAAAUACAACAACAAUAAUAACAAGUACUCAUACAGAAACAGAAACAGCAAGCUUGAGCACAGAAAGCAGAGGCAAUACAAUUAGUGUUAUUAGUACGGUAGCACAACCGACAAUGACCUUCACUCCAGAAGAGGUAACCACCAACCCAGAGAAAGGUACCAGAGGAUUGGAUGUGACAAUUUUAACCGCAAAUGUUACCUUGGGAAUAACUACAGAGGCAACUGCAGGAAUUAUAUCAAAGGGAGAAACUGAAACAACUCUAAAACUGCAUCCUGGUAAAAUAACCACAAUAUUACCAAAAUCCACUAUGGAGACCACCUAUAAGACUCCAGUACUUACUUCAAAAGGAGAUUACAUAGCUGGCACAACAACACAAAGAUUGACAGCUGGCAGUGACACAAUUAUACCAACAACUAUAAAAGUACAAACGUCUGAAUCAACAGCAACAACAGAGUUAGUCAAAUCUAGCGAACCUGAAUUAGUUACGACAGCAGGAAAUACUACGGCAGUGCUGGCAACUGUCACUCCUACAUCAACAUCCAAUACUACUAUGGGAGCACAAACCACUGAAUCUAGUACAACAAUAAAGACAACUAAAUUCAUGACUACUGAACCCAAAACACCUAUCAUGUUUAAAAAUACAACAGCAAUGGCAGCUGGCACUGUAACUUCAGCACCAACAACUAAAACCACUAAGAUGUUGCAAACUUUUGAAUCAAUUUCAACAGCAAAAACAACAGAUAUUAAAUCCACUGAAAUAACAAUUAAAACCCCUACCUCACCAGACACAUCUACAUCAACAUCAACAACCAGUGGUACUACAGGAGGGCAAACUGUUGAGUCUAUUACAAAAGCAAUAGUGACUACAGCCACUACACAUAAAAUCCCCAUUAUAUCUGAAACUACUACAUUAGAAGCAACAACCAAUACCAACACAAUAUCACAUACAGCGGAGUCAAAUACAGCUUCAGAAAUAGCAGAAACUUUACCUACCACAUCUAUAAUGCUUUUUACAACUGGUAAAAUUACCUCACCAUUGCCCCUUGGCACUGCUACAACAGCACCAACAACUAGCACUAAUAAAGUAGCUUCUUCUACAGAAUACAACACAACAGUAAAAACAACCAUAAUUCCAUCUGUUAAAUCAAAAGCACCUUUUACAGCUGGAACUUCAAUGUCAGCACCAAUUACCAAUGCUACUUUGGAAGCACAUCCUACCAAAAUGAUUACAACAGGGUUAUCCAAAUCCACAACCACUGAACCUAAAGGACCUUAUACAAGUGAAAUUACUACUGUGCAGCUGUCAACUGACACUGUAACACCAGCACCACCAGACAACAUUACAUUGGCAAUACACACUGCUGAAGCCAUCAUAACAUCAAAAUCAACUACUGAAAGCAAACAAGAGAAGACCACACAAGUGCUAGAGACUACUUUUGAUGCAGACAUUCCCAAAUCUACUGAAAAUACAAUAUUUGCAAAGCAGGCAACAACUUUAAAAGCCCUUGUGAAAAUGGCUACAAGUGUUUUAGCAGGAUCCUCAAAAAUACCUUCCGUCCAGCAAACAACAGAGCCAGCUGUCAAGAAAGGAAACUUCUCAGAAACUAAAAUGGCAAUGCAUACUACCGAUUCAACUGCAGAUUUUGCACACACGAGGCAAACAACAUCUGGAGUUCCAACUACUAUAAGUACAACAGCAGCGCAAACAUCUCCACUAACAAAAGUUACAGCUGAGCCAUUCACUGAGGUUACUAAAGUUUCUUUACCUUUCUCAAGUUUUCCAGUGACUGGAAACGUUUUUCCAACUGAAACAAAAGCAGUUAUAAUCGAAAAAACAUUAGCAACAACACAACCUACAACUACAAAAUCUAUACCACGGAGCACCUUGGAACUUAUAAAAGGGUUAACAAUGCAACCUGAGAGGAAUGUGACUUUGCACAGCACGACAGAUGCAAAAGGUACUGUUGCUCUAGUUGGGGAGGUCUCAACCCAAAAAGUGGACUCUGUAAGUGUCACUGGAAAAACUACUGUAGGAACAUCUAAAACAACAACAGCAGGUAUUGUUACUAUAGCAAUUAGCAAAGCGACUGUUCCAGGCAUAGGAGCUGCAAGAGACAUAAUUACGAGUUCAACUACAAAUAUCACAAAGCAAACAGCUGGCAAAGCUUCUACAGUCGCCACUCAAAUAGGAGAAGCAACGUCACCAAAAAAUACAACAAGCAAACCUUUAAUAACAUCAUCUGGUCACAUAGGUUUAAUUAUUUCCACCAAAACAACAGAAAGGUCAGUCAAUGCAACAGUCAGCGCAACAACAAUAAGAAGCCAUAUUAAUAUCACUGAAAGCUCAACUGCUAUUACCAAAACAACCAGAGGACAAGUGACCAGCAGUCUAAAACCAAACACCACCAAACCUGGGACAAUCAGUAUUAACGCUACAGUCCAUGUAAAUGUAACAACUCCAUAUCAUAUAGGAAAUAUUACAAUUGUCCUUAUUGCAGUCAACACCUCAUUGCCUACAAAUAUAACAAUGCCACCAGUGGCAAGUGAAUAUGAGGAUUUGGCUAGCUGGGGUAUCAUACUUGUCUGCCUGGGGGUAAUAGCAGGAACGGUUUUGCUUUUGAUCCUUUGUUGUAUGUUUCUGGCUGGCCGGCGGAAGCGUAAAUAUGAGCUUCCAGUAUAUCAUGUGCAUAAUAUAUGAAGAUGAAAAGAAGACUUGAAUGAGGAACAUUAAAUGUUGAAGAUUGCUCCCUGAAAGUUCCAGUCUAGUACAUGGAGUCAUGCACUUCUGGCACUAACAACUUUCACCAUGCAAGACAUGAAUGCAUUGAGCAAUGUCCAUACGCUGGCAUGUCAUUUUUUUUUUAAUAUCUGCCUAGAGUUUAUCUUUAAUAUUACUUAAAAUACACUGGUAUUUAUUAAAAAAGAAAUUAGCAACUUUUAGUAAAAAAAAGUGUAAAUAUUAUAUAUAAACUGUCAUUUGUGAUGCGUUGUAAACUAUGUAGAAAACGAACCACUCCAUACAGUUUUAUAGCCAUAUACUAAGUUGCUUUAAAUAUCGCCUUUGGCUAAACAGCUUACUAUAUGAUAUAUGAUAUCUGCUUUUUGAUUUCAAUUAAGUCAUAGUAAAUCUGUCACAAAGCUGAGCAAUUCAAGUUAAGCAUGUGAUGGAAAAAGGCAUAGACAUUAUAACAACGUUGUUCAAUCACCCAUAAUAAUCCAUCGGAUCUCAUCAUUCAUCAGCUCAUUAUUGAGAACAAAGACAGAUUUUUGAAUUGUUACAAAAUGGAGCUGAUUGUUCUUUGUCCAAUAACGCUUUGUGAUAAGUUUGUAAAUAGAAAAGUAUGUAUAUACAUUUUUUUGACAAAAUUCUAUUUAUUAAACAGCCAAUUGUAAAAUAAAUGAAUUUAGUUCACA